GCAGCUUGGAAACGGGUCCACGAUGGACCGUCACAUGGAUGACAAAUUGCAGAUGCAUCCGCACGGGAGACAUCAUACGAGUUUUUCAUUACGGUCAAAAAGCAGUUCGUGCCAACAUGUGAACUUCCGUUUUGUUCCGCGUUUUCUGCACUCCAUCAAAGCGCGACCCGCUUCGCAGUCCAGCUCAGCUCUCGCCCGUGAACCUUUGAACGCUUAAACCUUGGACUUUUCUCUUAGAACGUUUCAUGUCACUGUGACGAGGAUCGGCUACGUGCUUGACCAACGUAUGCGCACACUAUUGCCGGCUCGCCGAUGGUACUUAAGGAGAGUUCGGGAUCGCCUCGACUACAUUACGAACCCAGUUCUUUUCCUGGUCAUACCGCGUGCUUUUCUCGUAUCCUCGACGACAAUAUUCGCAACGAUACACUAUGUCUCUCACUCCAGAGCAGGUCCAGAUCAUCAAAUCGACAGUGCCCAUCCUCGUCGAGCAUGGCACUACCAUUACGACUAGAUUCUACCAGAACAUGAUCAACGCGCACCCGGAGCUGAAGAACGUAUUCAACAACGCUCACCAGAUCAGUGGGGAUCAGCCCCGCGCUCUGGCUCACGCGCUGUUUGCCUACGCUUCCAACAUCGACAAUCUCGGUGCGCUCGGCCCAACAGUCGAGCUCAUCUGCAACAAGCAUGCAUCUUUCUACAUUCGCCCCGAGCAAUACGACAUCGUGGGCACGUACCUCCUCGCAGAGAUGAAGAAUUUUCUUGGUGAUGCCUUUACGCCCGCCAUCCAUGACGCUUGGGCAGCCGCCUACUGGCAGCUCGCAAAGCUGAUGAUCAACCGGGAGGCGCAGCUGCACAAGUCCGCGGACGGCUGGACAGACUGGAGGCCGUUCAGGAUUCAGCGGAAAGUGCGCGAGAGCGACGAGAUCACGUCGUUCUACCUUGUACCGGUCGAUGGCGGUAAACUUCCGAAAUUCUUGCCGGGGCAGUAUAUCUCGGUGCACGUGGAGGUACCGGACCUGAAGGCCUUGCAGGCGAGGCAAUAUUCGCUGAGCGAUGCGCCUGGCAAGGAUUACUACAGAAUCAGCGUUAAGCGGGAAUCCGGCGUCGACGUGACCAACCCUGCCUCCGCAGCCCACCCCGGCUACGUUUCCAACAUCCUGCACGAAAAUAAGCAGGAAGGCGACGUCAUCGAUAUCUCUCAUCCCUACGGUGACUUCUACUUUGACCCCGCCGCAGGACCUGCAGACGCUCCCGUCGUUCUCAUCUCUGCCGGCGUCGGCCUUACCAGUCUUAUCUCCAUCCUCAGUACGCUCACUGAGCAGCACACAUUGCGCCCGAUCUCGUGGAUUCACGCUGCGCGCACGCAGAAGGUCCGCGCCUUCGUAGAUCAUAUAUCGGACAUCGUUCGUGAACACAGCAAUGUUCACACGGUGUUCUACACCGUGAAGCCCGCGCCGGAAGACGUGCACGGUGUGCAUUACCACCACGUUGGCGACAUGGAUUUGGGAAAGCUUGAUCGAGAGAAGGACCUGUUUGUCAGCGACAAGAGGACACAGUACUUCGUCUGCGGCCCUGUGUCGUUCAUGGUCGAUAUGGAGAGAGUUCUGAAGGGAUAUGGCAUCGAGGAGGGUAGGGUUCACGUAGAACUCUACGGGACAGGAGGCGUACCCAAGGCAUGAGCGAACAUCAUGAUCAUCGGGCUAACCGUCAAGCAGUAUCUGUAAUGUAUUUGUGCAUACCGGCCAUUGCGUUUUCAUUGGAAUUCACGAACUCCCCUCUCAUUGCAUCUGGGUGUCGUUGACACGAAUCACCGUAAAAUCGUGAUGCCUACCGUUCGCCAAAAAAAUAAACACUGGCCAAUGCGCUCUCCGAGGGGUUAACGGCGGGAUCCGCAGAGCUUCAGGACAUUCGUAACUGCUCCUCCCGUGUCUAUAGAUGUGAUUUAGCUAUUCUACUGGUCAAGCGUCCGACCUUACCCGUGGAUAUAUAUCAUCGGCACCUUGCCGUUAUCUUUCC